AUGCACUUCAACAUCGCCCUCUUCGCCCUCGCGACCGCAGCCACUGCCGCAAACGCCAAAGUCUACGGCAAAUGGAACGUCACCAUCUCGCAAUACGCGCUCGACUUCGGCUAUGAGUCACAGACCGUCCUCGCGGAUUUCGUGUCUGACGAGUACUCUGGCAACAACGUCAUUCACACCGUUUGCAACUACGAGUACGACCCUAGGAAGAACCCUAAGGAGACGAAGAGCUGCGAUCCUCCUACUUUCGCGUACGAGUACGAUGGUGAGACUGUCAAGGUUCAGCAGAAUAUUGAGAAGCCCAACAAGAUGACUGUCUUUGGUGAUGCUCCUCUUACUCUCGAGAAUGAUGGCAGCGUUGACGGUGCCUACUCAGGUGGCGUCUUCAUCGACGCUGACCGCGCCAUCGCGUAA